AUGGAGACCAACCAGUCCGGGGGUGCCGGGUCGAGCAACUCGAGCGAUUUUGUGCGCAAGUUGUACAAGAUGUUGGAGAGUCCAAGCGACGAAAGCGUUGUGCGAUGGGGAAAUGAUGGCGAUAGUUUUGUCGUACUAGAAAACGAGAAAUUCACAAAACACAUCCUACCCAAACAUUUCAAGCACAGCAACUUUGCCAGCUUCGUCCGCCAACUGAACAAGUACGAUUUCCACAAGGUCCGACACAAUAAUGAGGACAAUGGACAGUCGCCAUAUGGGCCUGGAGCUUGGGAAUUUAAGCAUCCCGACUUCAAGAUGAACAACAAAGAUGCGCUGGACAACAUCAGGAGAAAGGCGCCCGCGCCCCGCAAACCUAACCAGUCCACCGCGGACGACAUGCUGAUUCCCUCGCAACAGAUGGACAUGGUCAGUGGUCAGUUGAUGGCCACACAGGCGCAACUGCACGCGCUUGAGGGACGGUACAGCGAACUCAGCAUCCAUCACUCGAUGCUAUUACAAGAAGUCAUUGGCCUGCAAAAGACGGUUGUGAACCACGAACAUGUAAUGCAACAGAUCAUGACGUUUCUGCAUGGUGUAGAUGCCACACAAAGACGGAACAGCAAACUCGUUUUCCAGAACGGGGCGCUCCCACAGAAUGGCGGCGUGGAUGCGCCGAAUCAAGCAUCAGCUGAUGACAAUCCGGCAUCCCCUCUGCAGCACGCUUCGAAGCUUCUCAGCGAAACCAACGCCGAUGCAAUGCUAAAUCCUCGAAACUUGGAGCACAUGAAUGAAAUCACAAUGAGGAUGAACGGGACCUUGACCACACCACCACCGGACUUUGCGCGGGCCGCAGUCCGUCCAACGAGUCGUGGGCCACCAUCGGCCAGUUCUGUGGGCUCGAUGCGUCUGGAGAAUCUCGACAAUCUCGUUUACCCUGUUGGCUCUUCGAACGGUAUUGAUCCCAUGUACAGUGAGCAUAUCAACAAUAUCCCGUACGCUGCACCACCGAAGGCUGUAGACGUGGCCGAGCCAAAGUUCCAAGAAGGAAGGAAGAAGAGCACUAUUCCCGACCCUGGAUGGAUCCGUCCUCCUCAGAUAUUACUAGUCGAAGAUGAUCCUACGUGUCGACGGAUCGGAAGCAAGUUCCUGUACGCAUUUCACUGCUCUAUCGACAGCGCUCUUGACGGCCUGGAGGCUGUCAACAAGAUGAACUCUGGGCACAAGUACGAUCUCGUCUUGAUGGAUAUCAUCAUGCCAAAUCUUGAUGGUGUCUCAGCAUGCCACCUUAUUCGCCAAUUUGACACAACCCCUAUUGUCGCCAUGACUUCCAACAUUAGGAGUGAUGACAUUUCUAUGUACUUUCAGCAUGGCAUGAACGAUGUGCUUCCAAAGCCAUUCACGAAGGAAGGUCUCUUGCACAUGCUUGAGAAGCAUCUUGUUCAUUUGAAGAAGCCAAUGGCGCAAUCCGAGGGAAUGGCGGCGCCCCAACCCGUACAGAUUGCUCGUCAGUUGGUCUUGAAAGAGGAGGAUUCGCCUGCAAAGUCCCCAGCGACUGUGAGCAAUUGGAAUUCCCCUAAUCAGUUACCUGGUGUCUCACCCGUCGGUAAUAACGUCUCGGACGAGUAUGCGCAGGCUAUGCAAGGCCAGUCGGUACAGCAUCCCGGGGCUUACGGUGUAAACUCUUUGCAAGGGUCUGUAGGAUACAAUAGUUCGCCACAGAUGCAGAUACAAGCCCGGCAGCAACAACAACAACAGCAGCAGCAGCAGCAGCAGCAACAACAACAACAACAACAACAACAACAACAACAACAACAACAGCACCAGCAGCAACAGCAACAUCAACAGCAACUACCUCCCAAUCAUAGAAGGCAAAUAUCUGACAUCUCGGGAGGAGACGAUUUAAAUAAUCCGGCAAAGCGACAACAAAUGUAUGCGCCACAAAUACCCACGCAGAUGAAUCAGAUGCAACCGCGCAAUAGUCAAAGCCAGCCAUUCAAACUCAGCUUGACUUUCCAACAGAAGUCACUGGCUGGAAGCUGGAGCUCGAAGGACCGCUUCCGCAACCUGGGUCGGUGCGCCUACAGCGCCGAGUCGUGCCUGCUGUACAUAGUGCCCGCUGGAGUAUAG